UAAGCUAAUUUAAAUUGCCCCCUUUAAUCGUUUACUCCUGUGCUACAAACUUUCACUAAACCAUAUUCAAUUUAUUAUUUAAUGUAUUAAAAUUAAAGUAAUUGUUCAUUACAUUUUUUUUAACACUACCAAGAAAAAACCCACAUAGUAAAAAAAUUAAAGAACAUUGAAUAAUUAUUCAACAUUAAUAGUUAUAUUAGCACAUCGUAUACAAACAAUCAGGUGAACAGAGUUACCAAUAAAACGUGACGAAUAAUAUUUUACUGAUAGCGUUAGAUAAUCUGAAUUUAUGCGUAUUAAAAACAGCCGGUGACACGAAGCGAGCGGUCGUAUCUGCUCACAAUCACCGGAAAAUAUGUUUAAAACAAAAAAUAUUUUGAACAUUACCAACUUGACGCGGUUCAUUGUUCUGGGAGCAUUAUUCUGCGUUUCGACCUUAUUCUAUACAUAUAAUCACAAGUUACGCGAAAUUAAGAUGACGACCGAUUUUAAUCCAUAUACAAUGAAAACAAAUGUGAAGAAUAUCCUGCAGUGGACAUCGGGAGACCUUGCUCCGUUCAACUUCAUGGGUGAGGGCAAUUCGGCGUUCGUUAAAAAUAAUUGCAAAUAUACAAACUGUUUUGUAACCGACCACAUCGCCGACACCUUGAUGGAUCUGGGUGACUUCGACGCGAUAGCAUUCAACGGACGAGAUCUAAAUAAUCUAGAAAUACCAAAAGUACGUACGAUAGAACAAAAAUACAUUUUCGGUGCAAUGGAAUCUGCAGAUAAUUAUCCGAUCUGCAAUCCGAUAUUCGACGGGUUCUUCAAUUGGACGUGGACUUACAGACUGGAUUCUGAUUUUCGUUUCGGCUACAUAACGAUAUACGAUCUGAACGGUACUGUUGUAGGUCCCGCUAUGGAUAUGAAAUGGCCGGAGCACUUGGACCCCGUAAGUGAUGAAUUAAAAGAGAAGCUAGCGAAAAAAAAGAGGACAGGUGCGUGGUUUGUUUCAAAUUGCAGUUCUAAAAGUAAGAGGGAAAUAUUCAUGAAUUAUUUGCAAAAUGAACUAAAGCAGUAUAAUUUAAGCGUCGAUGUGUAUGGUUCGUGUGGUCGUUUCAGUUGUCCAAGAAAAAUGUAUAAAGCAUGUGCUAAGUUGUUGCAAGAAGACUAUUACUUCUAUUUUUCUAUGGAGAACUCUUUCUCCGAGGAUUACGUGACUGAGAAAUUGUUGACGGCUUUGAACAACUACGCCAUACCAGUGGUGUUCGGCGCUGCAGACUACACAAGAUUUUUACCGCCCGGGAGCUACUUAAAUGGAAAACAACUAGGUGUUACAGCAUUGGCGCAGAAAAUGUAUGAAAUAAUCACGAACAAAACAUUGUUCUACGACUAUUUCCGUUGGAGGAACCACUUUGUUUACAAGGAAACUUCGUCCAAAGAAGAUAUUUGUAAAUUGUGUGAGAUGUUGAACAACGAAGAGAAAGUUUCGGAAAUUAGUGAAUGGCCCGACUUUAGGAGGUGGUGGAACGGAGAGAGAUAUAGAGACAAUUGUCCAUAGAGUUAAAUUAACUUGAGUAGUUAAAAUUUAAAACAUAUUACUAUUAAUAAACGGGUAGUGAGGAGAGUCCUUUUAGGUCUAACAAUGCCAGAUGUUACGAUUUAUAUACAAAGAUAAUUUAUAUGUGAAAGUAUAAAGUUAAUUUAAACCUUAUAUCUAUUUACGCAUAAGAAUGAAGAUAAAAAAUUCACAAUUCAAAGAGUUGUAUAUAAUAACAACUGUAGAAAAUUUAUACAGGUAUAAUUUAAAUGUCAUUGAUAGGGAUUUUUUUUACUGUUACACCAAAAACCAAACAAAACCUCUUUCUUAGAUUAUGCUUCUAAAGCGUUAGGCUAUAUUUCUGGAUGGCCAGAUACAUUUAUUUAUGAAUAUUUUAAUGAAUGCAAUGUAAUUUUAUAUAAAAUAUUUUUCUACUUUAUAAACUUUAAAAAACUAUUCAGAUAUAUUUGACUAAAUUUAUUUAGGAACAAUAUCCUUACUAUCAAUAAAAAAUUUUCUUAGUACCGAUUAAUUCAAAAAUAACAGUUUUUUCCGUAGUGUCAAUAAUAAUGAAAGGUUUAUUGUAUUAUGUUUUAUUUGGUUUGAAAAUAAAUCAACCGAGAUGAGUAUCUGCUCGGUUAUUUUAAAAUCGUUUGCUCUUACUUUUUGUAAUGUGCAAAGGCUUCAUUCGCACUGGAAUCGUGGAAUAUUUUGACUGUUUCAACGUUUUUGUCUGUUGAACGAAUUACAAUCUUGAGUAGUGUUUGGAGAAAACACGAAGGAGUUUGUCGAAUGGAGUAAAGGCAUUUAUUUAAUUAUUAUUAUUAUUGCUCUUACUUUAUUAACAUUGAUUAGUAUCAAUGUUUCGCAUUCUAUAUAAAUGUCACCUUAUACUCAAUGUUCAUAUGUGCAAGUGAAAGAUUUUUGACAGUUUUUUUCAAUGAACAUAGGAUAAUAUGCUGCCUUCCAACAAAAAAACGUUAACAUUAUAAAACUUUUUCACGAUUCCAGUGCGAAUGAAGCCACAGUUUAAAAAAACUUAAUAGACUUCAGAAAUGAAUAGCAUAUAGCAUCUUUAGUAAUUCGGUGUUUUACUUAUCCAUAUUUUUACAUGAACACAACAGAGGUUUUAAAUAGUGGUAAGUUGUUGCUGUUUUUAACAUUUUUUUUAAUAACUUCACAGCUCACGGCUAUUAACAUAGAUAACAGAUAACAUGACAUAGCUAUUUACAUAAUAUUACUAUUUGAUACUUUCUUAUCAUCAAUCAAUAUCCAAUACAUACUAUAAAAUAAAGUCCCCCGCGGUGUCUGUCUGUUCGCGAUAAACUGAAAAAAUACUGCACCAAUUAUUUUACAGUUUUACAGUUUUCACCACUCGAUAGCGUGUUUCUCGUGUAUUUGUGUGUACAUUAACGAUAUUUGUUGAAGCACGAGACAUUUCGCUAGAUCAUACUCUUCGAUUAUCGUUGGAUCGUGAUAGGCAUCAUGUUUAAAAACAAACAGAAACGCCCGAAGAAAAACAGGUCCGCAUGGGUAACGACCAUAUACGGCAUAGACAUUUAAGGAAUGCUUCACGAAAUAAAUGCAGUGGAACGCAAAAAACUAAUUCAUGGUCCAUUGAAGAAUAAUCUGCGAUGCAUUACAAUUUUUCAAAAUAAUUCGAAAGGCGCUCCGUCGAUUCGACCAAUAUUGCUUUGCUAAUGGCAAGAUGAAGAUAGACAGAUAGUUUGGCCACGACAGCCUGUAAAGUUGCUCCUUGAAGGA